AUGGAUAUUAACGAACAAGGUUUUCUUCUUCCUGGUCCAUUACGAAUAUUUGAUUGUUCGGCUAAUGAAGUUAUUUCAUUUAAAUUAAUUCGAUCGGAAAAAGACUUAAAUAAUGAAGAAAAUGAAUUUUCACCGGAAUUUACGCAUCAAAUUUUUGGAGAAAAUGAAAGAAUAUUUGGAUAUAAAAAUCUAAAUAUUGAUAUUUAUUGUUUAUCAUCAUCAUUAAAUUUUUAUUUAAAUAUUGAUUAUGAUGAAAAAAUAAAUCCUAAAAAAUAUCAACAAUUUAAGGCUGAUGAUUUAAUUGAAUCAUUAAAUCAAUGGAUAUCAUCAUCAUCAACAACAAAAAAUUUAGAUUUAUUUUUAUCUAAAUUAAAGAAUGAAAAUGAAUAUUUAACAUUUGGUGAACAAAUUUUAACAUAUGAAUUAAAAGGAGAAAAAUCUUUAUCAUAUUUAAUAAAUCGUGUUAAUCAAAAUUUUAGUGAUGAUAAAAAAUUUGUUGAAUGGUAUUCUCGUCUUGAAACAUUUCUUGUUUUUUUUAUUGAUGCUGCAUCAACAAUUGAUAAAGAUGAUCCAAAUUGGAUUAUUUAUCUUCUUUAUCAAAAAUAUCAAAAUGAUUAUGGUCAAACAUGUUAUGCACCUAUUGGAUUUAUUACUGUUUAUCUUUAUUAUGCUUAUCCAGAUAAAAAAAGACCAAGAAUUAGUCUUAAAACCACUUAG